GCCGCUUUUCGCUUCGGUAAACGGGAAAGGAAAUACUCAUCGUGGAUUAAAAAUUAAAAAAAAAAUCCUGUUGGUGGUGAAGGGCUGGUGAGGUUUGCCUGCGCGUGUGUCGGACUCCGGAGAGCAACUCAGAAGCCCGCGCAUGGUGUUCGCCUCCCAACCCGGCCAUGGACUGGCAGGAGGAGGGCGCCGGGCGCCCGGGCUGUUCUGGCCCUUAGCCGGCUGCUCCUUCACCAGCUAGCCCCGCUCCAGCCCUCAGGCCAUUGGGACCGACUCUUCUUCGCCUAGACGGCGCCGGGGAGCAGAGGACCUGCGCUCCGGGUCUCCAGGAUGUGUGCGUCUGAGAUGGGGACGUUGUGGCACCAUUGGUCCCCUGUGCUGAUCAGCCUGGCCGCCCUGUUUUCCAAAGUGACGGAAAGUCGAGGGAUCCUUGAGAGCGUCCAGAGGUUCUCCCUGCUGCCCACCUACCUCCCCGUGACCUACCACAUCAACAACGCAGACGUCUCCUUCUUCCUGAAGGAGGCCAACCAGGACAUCAUGAGGAACUCCAGCCUGCAGUCCCGGGUGGAGUCCUUUCUGAUCUACAAAUCCAAGCGGCUGCCUGUUCUGAACGCCAGCUACGGGCCUUUCUCCAUUGAGCAGGUGGUACCCCAGGACCUGAUGCUCCCUUCCAACCCCUUUGGAUUUACCAACAAAUUUUCUCUGAACUGGAAACUGAAGGCCCACAUCCUGCGGGACAAGAUCUACAUGAGCAGCCCCAAGGUGCAGGUCCUCUUCCACAUCGUGGGCAGAGACUGGGACGACCACAGCACUGGGGAGAAGCUGCCCUGCCUCAGGGUCUUCGCUUUCCGAGAGACCAGAGAGGUGAGGGGCAGCUGCCGGCUGAAGGGGGAGCUGGGGCUGUGUGUGGCCGAGCUGGGGCUGCUGCCCAGCUGGUUCAGCCCCCCAACAGUGGUGGCUGGGAGGAAGAAGUUGGUGGAACAGCCGGAAGGGAGCCCCGUGGAGCUGUACUACACGGUGCAUCCCGGGGAUGAGAGAGGGAACUGCGUCAGGACGGACGCAAGGAGAGGCAGUGGGAUUCGGAUGGGCCACAAUGACAUCGAUGAGUCUGGGCCCCCUCUGCACAGGAUUGGGAGUGUCUUCCUUUACCAGACCCGCAGCCAGCCCUCCCUGAGGGAACUGCGUUUGGACAGCAACGUGGCCAUUCAUUACCUGCCAAAGACGGUGAGACAAGGAGACGUGCUGACUUUUCCUGUUUCCAUCUCCAAAAAUUCUACCGAAGAUCACUUCACAUUAAGGGCAAAGGUGAAGAAAGGCGUGAGCAUCAUCGGUGUGCGAGCCAGCAGCCCUUCCAUUUGGGACGUCAGGGAGAGCAGGGAUCACACUGGGAAGUACGCACCAGCUGUCAUCAUUUGUCAGAAGAAAUCAGCUGGCUCGGAAAACAGUGCGGGGGGCGCCUCCUAUGAGGUUAUGCAGAUCGACGUAGAGGUAGAAGAGCCCAGUGACACACCGACCACGCAGCUGGUCACAUGGCAGGUGGAAUACCCAGGAGAGAUCACGUCUGACCUGGGGGUGUCCAAGAUCUAUGUGAGCCAGAAGGACGUGAUUGGAAUCAUCCCUCUGGCCAUGGAGGCAGAAAUCCUAAACACAGCCAUCCUCACGGGGAAGACGGUGGCGGUUCCAGUGAAGGUGGUCUCAGUGGAGGAUGAUGGCACCGUGACCGACCUGGUGGAGUCCGUGGAGUGUCGAUCGUCUGACGAAGACGUGAUUAAGGGAAGAGCUCUCAGGAAACAGGUUGACCACAUAACAGUCGUGUCCUCCGUGUUGGAGCACGAUGCCUUUGAUGCGCCGGUGCCAGAGACUCACCACUUAUCUGGGAGCAGGUGCCUCUUGGGGGCUUUGAUUCUGCAGGAGCGGGGCUAG